ACAGUUGUUAGUUGUGAAGAAUUUGUUUUACCGGCAUAGUCAGUAACUUGGUUGAUAAUAUGUAAAACGGGUAUUACCCCCAAACCCGCUCAUACCCGACAGACUGUAACGAAAAAUAAUUCAGAGCCAACAAUCUUUACAUGUCACGAAUAUAUGAAAAUAAGGUGUGCUCCUACAGCGAACGCAAUUUCGUCCGGUUCUCUGCCAACCGCAUAUAUGUAUGGAAGCCAUGUUGAAAAUAUACGACGCCUGCGUCGUAUCUUUGUUUACGUCAAUUGUUUGCAUAAUUAAAAUUCAAUAAUGCCGAAUUGUUGCAUUAAAGCGUGUAAAAAUUGGAGUGGAAAUACGAAGAACAAACACAUUUCGUUUCAUGUGUUUCCAAAAAAAUAUGAAUUACGAAAAAAGUGGAUCGACAGCUGUGGGAGUGAGAAGAUCAACAUCGCAAACGCUCGUGUCUGCUCUGUUCAUUUUGAGGAAAGUUGUUUCGACAUAAGGUCGGAAUUUUUGCACGAAAAUUAUGCUUUAUCAACUAGAAGGAGGUUACGUGGAGAUGCAUUGCCUACUAAGUUUUUAACAGAAUCGACUGGGGUCAGUAAACGUAGGGCAGCUGUUGUGCAGAAUGUAUCCAGUGCCUGGAAGGAUUCAGCAAAAAAAAGAAGGGUGUCCCUGGAAUUUGUCACAAUCGACAAAGAGAAUUAUGCCUCUACGUCAAUAUCUCAUGCUAGCUCAACUACCAGUAAUAAUAAUAAUAAAGUCGAAGACAAUUGUUCAACGCCAAGCACUUCGACAAGGAACAAAAAUUUUUUGAAAAGUGAUGAGAUCCAUGAAAUUUCAGCUAAACCUGCAUGUGUAACAUCAGACUAUGCACAACGUGCAUCAUACAAAAGUGACAGAUCUGAUGGAGUACAAACUUUGAACUGUGAAAACAGUAAAUGUCAACAUCUCGAAAGAUAUCAAAGUUGCAUCGAAGAGAAUAUUAAGCUGCAAGAAGAAAUAAAAAAAUUGAAUCGCCAACUCUGCAAUCAAGAGAAAGAUAUUGAAGAACAAGUGAGAGAUAAAAUUCUUCAAUUGCUUGAUCCAAUCUUCACUCCUGGGCAGAUCAAAAGACUUUUGCGUCCAAAUCAAACAAAAGUGAUGUGGUCGCUUGAAGAUAUAGCCUCCGCUAUCGAAUUUCAUUCCAUCAGUUCAAAAGGAUACAAGUAUUUGUUGAAGAAAAAUUUUCCUCUACCUGGAUUGUCAACAUUGAGGAAAUGGGCGGCUAAAAUUGAUCUGAGUGAAGAAGUACUUGACGUUCAUGAAGAAAUAAGUACAUGAACCUUCUAGUCAAAAAAAAAACUUCGUAUCUAGAGGCUCAAUAAAUUAUUCUGUGAGGUCUGUAAUGCAUACAAGUGUAUAUAUGUGUGAAAAAGUGAAGAGCGAAAUAUUGUAGAGCGAUUAGUCAGUUGGCCUAUCCACUCGUUCAGAACAUACCUGUAUAUGUACAACUUAGAAUAUAUAUAGUUAUACAUA